AGGGUAAAUUAAAUUAAGAAGGGUGCUGCUGCUUGAGAGCUUCGAGUCUUCGACCAUGAAAAGGUUCUUCCAGCCAAUCCAGAAAGAUGGCUCCUCCAAGAAACCCACUCUCUCUGUUCAAUCCAACGACGGCGAUGGCGAAGGCGAAACCAGGGAGCAGAAGAACCUGAAAGAGCCAUUGAGGUUCUUGACAUGGAACGCCAACAGCUUUCUUCUUCGAGUUAAAAACAACUGGCCGGAGUUCACCAAGUUCGUGGAGAGUCUUGAUCCCGACAUUAUUUCCAUACAGGAAGUAAGGAUGCCCGCAGCUGGUUCAAAGGGUGCACCUAAAAACCAAGGAGAACUGAAAGACGAUACAAGCUCUUCACGGGAGGAAAAGCAGAUUUUGAUGCGUGCAAUCUCAAAUCCACCAUUUAGAAAUUAUAAUGUGUGGUGGUCUCUGUCAGAUUCAAAGUAUGCAGGGACUGGAUUGUUCAUAAAGAAGUGUUUCCAGCCAAAAAAGAUCUGUUUCUCUCUCGAUCAAACAGCUUUGAAGCAUGAACCAGAUGGCCGAGUUAUUUUGGCUGAAUUUGAAUCAUUCCGUUUGUUGAAUACAUAUUCACCAAACAAUGGUUGGAAAGAGGAGGAAAACUCAUUUCAAAGGAGAAGAAAAUGGGAUAAAAGGAUUAUGGAAUUUGUUUUGCAAAAUUCAGAUAAGCCCCUUAUUUGGUGUGGUGAUCUUAAUGUAAGUCAUGAAGAUAUUGAUGUCAGUCAUCCAGAAUUCUUCAGUUCAGCGAAGCUCAAUGGUUACAUACCACCAAACAAGGAGGACACUGGACAACCUGGAUUUACCUUGGCAGAGAGGAAGCGUUUUGGUGCCAUUUUAAGAGAGGGAAAGUUAGUUGAUGCUUAUCGAUUCCUACACAAGGAGAAAGACAUGGAGCAGGGCUUCUCGUGGUCAGGGAAUCCUGUGGGAAAGUAUAGGGGGAAACGGAUGAGAAUAGACUAUUUCGUAGUCUCAGAGAAACUCAAAGAUAGGAUCGUUUCUUGUGAGAUGCACGGUCAUGGAAUUGAAUUACAAGGUUUCUAUGGGAGUGACCAUUGCCCGCUAUCUCUGGAGCUUUCACCAUCAAGCCCUGAUUCCAAGCCAAACCCAAGUCCCCAUGUACCAUCUGAAGAUUAGAUGCUCUUUUGGUAAGCUGCCGUGUUCGUGUAUCUUGCAAUGUGGAAUUGGAUGGGUGGAUUAGUAGGGAAUCGUAUUUGAUUAGUUUAGUUUCCUGGAUGAGAGCUGUGUUAAUGUGAUGUAGUUUGCUAGGGAUAUAUACCCAUCAACUAAUUAAGUAAAUUUUACUUCUUGGAGCAUGGUUGCUGCCAUUUAAUUAAGUAAAUUGACUGCUUGAGCUUUA